GCUGCCUGUAUAGUCUAGCUCACGCCGACGCCAACUAACCCCAUCCUAAAUCUUCACCAAUCCAGGCGAGAAGGAUCUCGCCAUGGCGCCGCCGACCACCGCCGCCGCAGCCAUGGCCGCCGUCCGCUGCCACCCGCAGAUCCUCCGCAGGGGCCUUCCCCCCGCUUCAACCAAGCUCCCCUUCGCCUCCCGGGUUACGACCUCCACGCCGCUCCGCGUCCCGCCGCUGCGCUUCUCGCUCUCCCCUGUCCCAAAGACCAUCUCCUCCUCGUCCUCCCACAUCCCUGUACGCUCCCUCUUCACCGGGAUCGUGGAGGAGGUCGGCCGCGUGCGCCGCAUCGGCCCGCCGUCCACGCCUUCUGGGGGUGGGGGUGGUGGCGACGCUCCCGGCGUUGACCUAGAGGUCGAGACCAGGAACCUCCUCGCCGGGACGCAGCUGGGCGACAGCGUCGCCGUCGACGGGACCUGCCUCACCGUGGCGGCCAUCGACGCCGCGGCCUCCACCCUCACCUUCGGCGUCGCGCCGGAGACCCUCCGAUGCACGUCCCUCGGCGACCGCGUCACGGGCGACGACGUCAACCUCGAGCGCGCGCUCACCCCGGCGUCCCGCAUGGGCGGCCACUUCGUGCAGGGCCACGUCGACGGCACCGGCGAGAUCGCCGCGUUCCGGCCCGAGGGAGACUCUGUCUGGGUCACCGUGCGUGCUCCCCCGGAGAUCCUGCGCCUGCUCGUGCCCAAGGGGUUCGUCGCCGUGGACGGAACCAGCCUCACCGUCGUCAAUGUGGAUGAGGAGGCUGGGUGGUUUGACUUCAUGCUCGUGCGCUACACCCAGGACAACGUCGUGCUGCCGAAGAAGAAGGUCGGGGACAAGGUGAAUCUUGAGGCUGAUAUACUGGGGAAGUAUGUCGAGAAGCUCCUCGCCGGGAGGUUGCAGGCUACACCCAAGGCGGAUUCUUGAGCUCUUCAUUAUGGACUGAUGAAGUAUCGCCAUUUAUCGAUAUUGUUGCAAUGUAUUCUAGUAUGUUCAUCAAUAAUUGUACAUUUUGCGCAAGUGAGUGAGACUUCCUUCCCUGCAAGGGGUAGUUUUCAUGUAACAGCUAGAGCAUUUCCAACAAAAGGAGAAGCUUUUUUCUGGUCUUUGUGAGCUGUAACAAGAAGUCAAUGAGCAGGAUUUGUUUAUAAGUUCAUUACAUGAGGCAAGCAUUUCUGGGAUAAAGAUGAAACUAUCACUUGUUUACAGUU